AUGACAUUGGAGUUAGACAAGGCUUCUGACAAGGCCUACAGUUCUCCCGGCUCUUCCAAUGGAUCUUCUAAGGAUUUCUGCGAAGUUUGUGGCGCCAUUCCGGCUUCUAUGCACUUUGGGACGAAUGCAUGCAGACCUUGUAUGACUUAAUAUGUUUUUAAAUAUUAUUCAUUUUGUGUUUUAGGUGCUGCUUUCUUUCGCCGGUCUGUUGUCCUAAAGAGGAAGUACAAAUGCAAAUUUGGUGGGACUUGUCCAGUUAAUAAAAGUAGAUCUUUGAAAUCAUAUGAUAUUUAUUAUGGAAUAAUGAUGACAAUUAAACUUCUGAUUACAGAUGUCCGAUCAGUUUGCGCGCACUGUCGCUACAACAAAUGUCUAAGUGCUGGAAUGGACACUCAAAGUAAGACUGAUUUGUUAUGUAAUAUUAUUAUUAAUAUAGGUAUUCGAUAUCCAUUCGAUCUGAUUGGCCCGAAAAAAGAGCGGAUAUCUCCAUCAGUGAAUACAAAACAAACAGUGUCAAUACUAAACAACAUCACUGUAGGGUAUAAGAAGUUCAUUGAAGAUACCAAGGUCCUUUACUUUGCAUGUCAUCCAGAAGAUCUCUUUAAUGAUAACAUCAAAUUCCGACAGUCUACUGUUCUCGAACACAUUCAUUUUGAGCGGGCCUUAUUAAUAUACGUCCUCAAAAUGUUGAAUGAUUACUUUCAUCCAUAUAAUUCAAUACCCAAACAAGAGCAGGUAGGGGAACAUCAAACAGCAAAAAUGUUUCAUGGCAUUACGGUCAACUUAUGUUUUAGAUUCGGAUAUUCGAAGUGUUUCAAUAUCAAUUUGUUAAACUGAAUCAAUGUUAUUUGAAUACGAAAUACUUUCCGGAAGACGAUAGCAAAUUAUUUUUACAUUACGGUAGUUACAUCAACAAAGACGAGAUCGAUCAUUUCUUUUCAACGGACAAAGAUGUUCAGAUGUCCGUCAAGUAAGCCGUCAAUACCAUUAGAUAGGGUUUAUUUAACAAUAUCACUUUAGAUCAUUCCGACCAUUGCACAUGAAGAUGUACAGAAUAGCACAGAAGUAUAAAUUGAUGAAGGUUGAUGCCGUGGAGACUGCAGCCAUGGCUGGGAUCGUGUUAUGGAGAGAAGGUAGGCGGUAUGUUACGGGACGGUAAACAUUUUAGCCAACUUCUUAUAUCCGGACAAAAGAUACGAAGAUAUGAUGCAGCAGAUUUACUCCGACCUGGCCAUUUAUUGCAAGAAAAAAUGCGAUGAUCAGAACCAACGAUACGUCUCGAUUGUUUGUUUGUUACGGUACUUUGAAGAGUUUGCGCAAGUCCUCAGCGAAAGUACUUUGAUGGGGUCGUUGAUGCACGACCAUUACAUUUUCGGAUUGAAUAAGGAUAUCUUCAAGUAA